GGAGCCCCGGGGAUAACUUCGGGCCUCGGCGUGACGUGGAGACCCUGAGCGGUUUCUGGCUGGUGGAGACAGAAAAGCCGCAGCCUUUCUCAGACGUGGCCACUGCAUUUUCUCCUGGCUUUAAUUCAGCUUCCAGUCUCAGUCCCAGGACAAGCUGCCUCAGAAAGGAGAGCUUCUGCCAGUGGACCUUCUUCUCCUGAGGAUGGUAGGGUUUGCUUAGGACUGCAGUGGUGCGGGAGACUGACCCAGUCCACCGGAAGAGGGGCCCAGAACGUGCUGGAGAACCGGGCAGGGCGCCGGGCACUGUCGGGGCUCCUGAGAGGGUAGGGUGCUGUGCGGUGUUUCGUGGAUUCCAAGGUCCCUGCCGGUGCCUGCGUUGAUUUCGCUUAGGAACCAGGUGCUUUGGUCUGUAGCCGUCCUGUGUCCCAAGCCAGUUCCCCAGUACCACUUGGGUCCACCUCCUCCACGUAAACUUCGGAUUCUGUUCCUUAGCAACUUCCUCGAAGAAGUUCGCACGGAACUGCUGGUGACAGCCCCGAGCAGGGAGGACCGGCAGUCUCCUGCACCUAGAAGAGGACGCAGGUUGGACAAGGGUUAGAGUAGCCUUCUGACGGCAUGGUCCCCAUGCUUCUGUCAUGGCUAACAGGAUUAGGGACUGGAAUGUUCUUCCUAUACUUCUGGCAGACACUCCUGUUCCCUUUCUUCUGGGCUGACUUCUGGUACACGCUGAAGUUGGUGCGCUAUGGAAUUAGGCUGAAGAUGUACAGCCUGAGAGGGGAAUUGGUCACUAUGCUGGAUAGAUUCCUGAGCCAUGCUAAACAGCAGCCCCAGAAACCUUUCAUCAUCUACGAGGGAGACAUCUACACCUAUCAAGAUGUGGACAAAAGGAGUAGCAAAGUCGCCCAUGUUUUUCUGAACCAUUCCACGCUGAAAAGAGGGGACACUGUGGCACUGAUGAUGAGCAACGAGCCCGAUUUCAUCCAUGUGUGGUUGGGCCUGGCCAAGUUGGGCUGUGUGGUGGCCUUCCUCAACACCAACAUCCGCACCAACUCUCUCCUUUAUUGCAUCCACAGCUGCAAGCCCAAGGCCCUAGUGGUGGGCGCAGAUUUGCUUGGAACAGUAGAAGAAAUCCUCCCGAAACUCCCAGAAGGCAUUAGUGUUUGGGGGAUGAAAGAUUCUGUUCCACAAGGCAUAAUUUCGCUCAAAGAAAAACUGAGCACAGCAUCUGACAGGUCUGUGCCACGCAGCUACCAUGCUAUCUCGAAUUUGAAGUCUGUUCAUCUUUAUAUUUUUACCUCUGGAACUACAGGUCUACCAAAAGCAGCUGUGAUUACUCAACUAAAGGUUUUACAUGGCUGUGCUGGAUUGUGGGCUUUCGGUGGUACUUCUGCUGACAUCCUUUAUUUAACCCUUCCACUGUAUCAUAGCUCAGGAUCUCUCUUGGGAAUUGGUGGGUGUAUUGAGUUAGGUGCCACUUGUGUGUUAAAGAAGAAAUUCUCAGCAAGCCAAUUUUGGAAUGACUGCAAAAAGUAUAAUGUGACCAUAUUUCUGUAUAUUGGAGAACUGUGUCGCUAUCUUUGCAAACAACCCAAGAGAGAAGGAGAAAAGGAUCAUCAGGUACGUCUGGCAGUUGGAAAUGGUGUACGGAGUGAUGUAUGGAAAGAGUUUUUAGACAGAUUUGGAAAUAUUAAGAUGUGUGAACUUUAUGGAGCUACUGAAGGAAACAUUUCUUUCUUGAACUAUACUGGGAAAGUUGGAUCAGUUGGGAGAACAAAUUUCUUUCACAAGCUUCUUUACUCUUUUGACUUGAUAAAGUAUGAUAUUCAGAAAGAUGAACCUGUUAGAAAUGAGCAGGGCUGGUGCAGUAGUGUGAAAAAAGGGGAACCUGGACUUCUUAUUUCUCGAGUGACUGAAAAAAAUCCCUUCCUUGGUUAUGCCGGAGAUAAGAAGCAUACAGAAAAGAAAUUGCUUUUUGAUGUUUUCAAAAAGGGAGAUGCUUACUUUAACACAGGAGACUUACUGGUCCAAGAUCAGGAGAAUUUCUUUUACUUUUGGGACCGUAUUGGGGAUACUUUCAGAUGGAAAGGAGAAAAUGUUGCAACCACAGAGGUUGCUGAUGUUAUUGGAAUAUUGGAUUUCAUACAGGAAACAAAUGUCUACGGUGUAGCUGUGCCAGAUUAUGAAGGAAAAGCAGGAAUGGCUUCUAUUAUUUUAAAACCAAAUAAGUUUUUAGACUUGGAAAAAGUUUAUCUUCAAGUUGUAACAUUUCUGCCGGGCUAUGCCUGCCCACUAUUUUUAAGAAUUCAGGAAAAAAUGGAAACAACAGAAACAUUUAAACUACAGAAGUUUCAUUUGACUGAAGAAGGAUUUAAUCCAUCAAGAAUUUCUGACCCACUUUACUUUAUGGAUAACUUGAAAAAAUCUUAUGUUCCAUUGACCAAAGAACUUUAUGAUCAAAUAAUGUUAAAGGAGAUCAGACUUUAAGAUUUUGUGUGUAUGAGAUUUUCAUAUAGUUUAUCAGGAGGGGUGAGAAGAGAGUAUGUCAUUCUUUAAUAUGAAAUGGAGUAAGGGAACUAAACAUUGAUUAAGCAUGUGCCAUGUUUUAUUAAUUUUAAUAUGUUUUAUUAACAAACUUUGGUUGAUUAUUCUUUUUCCUCUUUGGAUUCAGGGCAUAACUAAAUCUUUGUCUUACUUUUAAAGACUUAAAUAAUAAAUAAGUGGUUAACAUUUUAAAUACAUAGUAAAGAAUGUACUUUUUAAUAUUAAGUUUUCUAGUUUUGAAUAAACGGUUAAAUUUUACUCAAAUAUUUUAUUUUUAA